GCCUCCAAACGUACGUCGCUAGGUCACCGGAAGAAGGUCACGAGCAUUGCAACCAAGAUGGCGGCCUCCUUGUGUCAGUGUUACCAGUUAUGUAUCAGAAGGAGUUUGAUGGUGUCCAGCCCCUCAUACCGGCUCCUUCACAACAGACCUCAUGUCUACAGGAUAUGUGGUUCCCUCACAGGAUCCGUCACAAACUCCUCACAGGUACGGUACUCGUCUGGUCGAGGAAGCGGAGCGGGAGGAGGGGCCAGACGGGGCUUCCUGGGGGAGUUCCUGGAGGGCCUGAAACAGGAACUGAGCAAGAACAAGGAGAUGAAGGAGAACAUCAAGAAGUUCCGCGAGGAAGCCAAGAAACUGGAGGACUCGGAAGCCUUGAAGCAGGCACGAAAGAAAUACAAAACGAUCGAGUCUGAAACGGUGAAGACCUCCGACGUUCUGAAGAAGACGUUUGGGAGCUUGUCUGAGAGCGUGAAGGAGGGGCUGGAGGAGGUCAGUCGUACAGACCUGGGAAAGAAGAUCAAGGAGGGAGUGGAGGAGGCUGCAAAGACGGCCAAGUCUUCUGCUGAGACCGUGUCCAAGGGUGGAGAGAAGCUAGGCAAGACUGGAGCCUUCAGGGCCAUAUCCCAGGGUAUGGAGAGUGUGAAAAGGGAGAUGGAUGUGCUGGGCCACGGCGGGUCCUAUCGCCCCCCAGCCAGGCUGAGGAAGAGGACAGAGUUCUCCUCCAAGGGGCCUGGAGACGAGAGCAAGGUCUUCGAGGCCAACGAGGAAGCCAUGGGUGUAGUUCUGCACAAGGACUCCAAAUGGUACCAACAGUGGAAGGAGUUCAAGGACAACAACGUUGUUUUCAACAGGUUCUUUGAGAUGAAGAUGAAGUAUGAUGAAAGUGACAACGCUCUCAUCAGAGCCUCCCGCGCCGUUACAGACAAGAUGACCGACAUCUUAGGGGGGCUGUUCUCCAAGACGGAGAUGUCCGAGGUUCUGACUGAGAUCCUGAAGGUGGACCCCUCCUUCGACAAGGACUCCUUCCUCAAGCAGUGUGAGGCUGACAUCAUCCCUAACGUCCUUGAGGCCAUGAUCCGAGGAGAGCUGGAGGUUCUGAAGGACUGGUGCUAUGAGGCGACCUACAGUCAGAUGGCUCACCCCAUUCAGCAGGCCAAGGCUAUGGGGCUGCAGUUCAACUCCAGGAUCCUGGACGUGGACAACCUGGACCUGGCCAUGGGGAAGAUGAUGGAGCAGGGGCCAGUCCUCAUUAUCACCUUCCAGGCCCAGCUGGUUCUGGUGAUCCGCAACACCAAGGGGGAGGUGGUGGAGGGAGACCCUGAGAAGGUGCUGAGGAUGAUGUAUGUGUGGGCUCUGUGUCGGGACCAGGAGGAGCUGAACCCAAACGCUGCCUGGAGACUGCUGGACAUGUCUGCUUCCAGCACAGAGCAGAUCCUCUGAGAGACACACACACACACACACGCAGGACAUGUCUGCUUCCAGCAGGGUGCAUAUGAGAGGGCCAGGCUGGGUGUCUGGUGUCCGGGAGGACAUGCAGAGAGAUGACCAGUCCUCCAGUCCUGCUGAACCAGUACCACCUAGUACCCCCAGCUGACACCAGGGGGGCAGUAAACUCUGGAUGUCUUCAUCCAGCGCUCGCUCUCUCCAUCUUUGCCCAUCCUUCCAUCUCCCCGUCAGUCAAACAUCCGGAUGUUUAUUCCUCUAUGUCUCAUCUCAACUGCUCCUGUCUUCCUCCUCAACAGAGAGUCAGAGGUCCCUCCCUCCAUACCUCCCUCCCUCCCUCCCUCCCUGCAACACCCCUCCAUACCUCCCUCCAUACCUCCAUACCUCCCUCC